AUGGCGGCGGCGGGUGGAAUCAUUCGGGAUGAGCUUGGACGUUGCAGAGGAGCCUUUGCUUCUAAGCUUGGAGUUUGUACCAUCACCAGGACGGAGAUAAUAGGCAUGCUGGAAGGCCUUGAGAUGGCUUGGAAGAAAGGUUUCCGGAAAGUCCAUUUGGAAACCGACUCCACUACAACGCUGGUUUUAUUGAUGCAGCACAGAGAUACGGAUUAA